AUGCGCAACGGUCUCGUCCUUCCAGUGUGCCUCCGCUUCCUCUCACCCCCCGCUUCUCCCAUCCGUAAUCAGAGCCGGCUGACGCGGCAGCAGAAGGAGCGCGUGAAGCAGUUCGUGAGCAGCACUGGGGCAAGGUGGGGCGCACGGGGGCAAGGUGGGGCGCACGGGGGCAAGGUGGGGCGCACGGGGGCAAAGUGGGGCGCACGGGGGCAAGGUGGGGCGCACUGGGGCGCACGGGGGCAAGCUCCUUUUCAACUCAACGUCUCAUCCCGUCCCAUGCGCGCCUGCUUGCGUGCACACGGCAGUGAGCGCGAUGCGGUGGCAGCGCUGCAGGGCAGCGAGUGGGAGGUGGCGCCAGCACUGGCGCGCUACCAGGCGGGGGGGGCGCCCAUGGCCGCGCGGGGCGGAGGGGGCUUCCUGGCAGCCUUCACGGGGCGCUCGCACUACCACCACCAGCAGCAAGGGGGGCAUGCCAUGCCGCCCCAGCAGCCACCAGUGGAUCCCAUACAAGAGCUCUUCCUGCGCUACAAAGAUCCGGAUUCAGAUAUGAUUCUCGUGGACGGCAUCUCGCGCAUGUGUGAAGACCUCGAGGUGGAGCCACAGGACAUUGUUAUGCUGGUGCUGUCAUGGCAUCUGGGUGCGGCCACCAUGUGCGAGUACUCGCGCCAAGAGUUCACCUCCGGCCUGCGCUCCCUGCGGGUGACGUCACUGGAGGCGCUGAAGGCGCUGCUGCCAUCAUUCCGGCGCGAGCUGCAAGACGAGAACGUGUUUCGCCAAAUAUACAACUUUGCGUUCGCGUGGGCCAAGGAGAAGGGCCAGAAGUGGCUGGCGCUGGACACGGCCAUCGGCAUGUGGCAGCUGCUGCUGGGCUACCGCAGCUGGCCGCACGUCGACCACUGGUGUGACUUCGUCAGGGUGCAGCACAACAAGGCCAUAUCCAAGGACACCUGGUCGCAGCUCUUUGAGUUCUCCCGGUUGACGCAGGCGCAGUUGGAGCAGUACGACGAGGCCGGCGCCUGGCCGUACCUCAUAGACGAGUUCGUGGACCACCUCCGUGCUGCUGGCUCCCUGCCGCCCAACUGA